GCUUUCCAUCAAUGGCAGACUUCACUUCUCUGUUUGUAUUUACAGUCUGUGUUUGCAUAGUGUUUGGAGGUUAGGCCACUAAAAUGAAAUGGAAUAUAUAACAUAAUUGGCUGCCUAAGAACAUAAUAUGUUCAGUUAUCAAAGCAUGUUUGUGUACAAGGAUGUUUCCUUCAUUAAGAGCAUUUUUAGCCUUGUGGCCUUUUAGAAAUAAACUUAAUUAUACAUUUUUCAGUUUUAAAUUUUCUACUAGCAAUAUAUUAAGAUACAUGCAUCACUGGAGAAUUAUAGGAAGACAAACUUCUGGAAAAAAAUAACUUUAUUAGGAGGGAAAAAACAUCCAGUGAACAAGCCAAUGGCGAUUAUCAAAGCUUUAAAAUGUAACAUUUUAGGGUGCAUUUUCAUAUGUUAAAAUAACUGUCAAACCAUUAAAACCACAAAGAAGCAAUAAAACAAAUGAUGAUGGCACUGAAAAAAAAGUUCAUAAUACAAAAUAUAUUUUUUUAACUUGCUCAAAAUAAAAAUAAACUGCUGACACAUAAAUGACAAACAAAAAUCUGUGAACUAUGCAGCUGUAAGCGAAGCAAUUCAACAAUCCCUUUUGCAUAAAAUCAAUGAAAUGUCUGUAUGGUUUUGAUGGGUAAACAAAUAACUGUUCUAACCAUGCAAAGUGAGAAUAUUAUUCAGUUGAAUAUUAUUCAGGUUUUGUAGGCAGGAAAAGAUGGAAACACUGAUCAAAAAGCAGCAGCAGUCAAAUGGAGAACACACAGAUUACAGUUUAUUUACGCACACACACACACACACAUUAUAUAUAUAUAUAUAUAUAUAUAGAUAGAUAGAUAGAUAAUGUAUGUAGUAUCCAGUCCUUAAGUCUGAUUGGCUGAGUGGCUCAAGAGUCUUUUUGUUUGCUUGUCUGUACAAUUCCAGACCAGAAAAUAGAACUAUUACAGUUUGGACCAUUAAUAAUUUUGUUAAAUGUGAAACACAGUUAAGGGAGAAACAGCAGUGUCAGUGAUGACAGUGGCUGCAUACCAGAUCACAAAGAGACUAAAACCUCCCCUUUCACUGGGCCGCAUCCAGGAUUACUGCUGAAUUCUUUACAAGGGUUGCACUUGUUAGGGCAAGCAGACACACCAUGUCAGCAGCUAACACACUGACAGGGCGGAGAGGAAGAUAGUGAGAGAGACAGAGAGAGAGAGAGAGAGAGAGAGAGAGAGAGAGUGAAAGCACUCUCAGGGGUGUGUCUUAUACAUUUAGUUCCUCAAGGAAGUACAAGUCAAAUUAUCUUGUUACAGUGGUGUGAGCACAAGACAGAGUUUGUAGAGGAGUUUUCUUUGAUUUCACCUGUCUGAGGAGAUUAUUUCAUCACUCGCACGCUGGAUUUCAACCACCUCAUCUGAGCGCAGAGGGAGGACAGAGCGUUUGAACAGAAGAGGGAGAGUGAACGAGAUAAAAGCCAGGUGAGUCUGUCUUUCUCUUGACCUCUGCCCUCUCCUCCAUCAUCUCAGAGAGCGCUGUGAUCAUGUACACAUGAGAUGAUAUUACUUUAGUGGAUUAAACGCAUAGCAAUCUCUUCCAGGUGUUGUUAAUAGAUAAAAGUAUGUCAGCAUUCUAUUUUAACAGCAAGAAGAAACUUUAAUUUUACAGUUCUGUUUUGGUUAAAAGUGUGUGCUUAGGAAAUCUGGAGGUUUGUAGUCAAUAAUGUCAAGUUGAAACUCGUUUUUUUCUGUUCAACCACUCCCAUGUUAAACAUCUAAAACACACUGGGAUAGUUGAUGUUCCAUCCGGUGGACUUUUUAUAAACAAAACAAUGUCCAGACUUCCUUUAUAAGUCAGUAAUAUGAAGAAAACACACCUAUUUCUACUGAAAUAAAGGGUCAUAUACCUAGGGUAUAGGGUCCUAAUCUCUGUGAACUCAGACUAUGGAUAGGUUGUGAGCUUUAUUGUAGCAGCAUGUGUCAGGAGAUUUAGCUGUUGUGGGUUUAACUGAAAAUUUGGGGUAAAAGCUGGGAAGUUUCACUUCCUCUAUUAUCAGAUAUUAAAAAACAUCUCAGGCUGAGUGAAAGAGUCGCACACAUGCAUAUGAGUGCUAAUUUUACAAAGAAAAAGAACACUGCAAAGAAGAAAAAUUGCAGUAAAUAAACAGUGAAGAAAAAACCCCAGACGGUAUUGGGUAAUGAGGACAUUUUGCACGAUACAUGACAUCACAUGCUCAAAUCUCACUGUUCAGGUGCUGUGGGGAGAUACUGAAGAGGAAACACAUGGCACGCUGAGAACAAGCACCAAACACACAUUUUUACACGUAUGUCUGCGUAGAUGGGCGUAGGAAUGAUUUAAAACUUGGGUGGACACAUUAAGGCAUGAUUCUUUAAUGAUUUUCUUGAAAUAAAGAUGACUAAAAGCCUGUUAUUAGAGAAUACCAGGUUGAAAAGACCAAGGCCUUUGGGGUCUGAUGUCCUAUCAGGCUUCUUAACCAGCUUAACCAGCUGGUUUAGCUCAGUCAACAAGCUUUUUUUUUUCUUUCUUAUCAUAAACCAGUUUGCAAAUUCAUGGCGGUCUAAGAUAGUCGGAGUAUCUAAGAGUAUCUAAAUUAGUCUAAAAAAAUAAAAAGCUGGAGUUUUUUCAGCAGGGCUGUCUUUGUCUAUCACUUUAAUUUAGCCCAGAGCCAUUCAGAAACAAACUGCUCCCACUCACACACUUUAUACCAGUACUUUCCACGCUCUCAUUUUUUAUAUAUUUAUCGUAAAAGUCACGUUUGACCCUUCUGAAUAAAAACCCCCAAACAGUGGGCUGCCAAAUCCUGAGCAACUCAGAUGCAGGUUUUAACCUGCCUCUUCUGUGCUGUCACUCGGGCUUGUGCUGCAAGUUGCUGCUUUGUAAUGACAGGGUGACUACUGUGGUCUUUAGGAUGGAGGAACAACAUGAUUCCUCACAUCCUGUAAAUCCCCUGGGCUUUACACACAUGUGAACACACACACACAGAGCCUCAGGCUCUGCGCUGAAGCCAUCUGAGGAAUGCUAAAUAUUUACCUUGUCUGUGACAAACCUUUCAAUCAGGAGAGUGGAUACAGAUGGCCAUUUUAGUUGAUUCUAAGUGAAGAGGUAUAAAAUUAAUAAAUUUGCUUGACCUUAGAUUGCCUUAGAUGUUUUUAGCUAAGAGUCUAAAACUAAAAGUCAAUCGUAAUCAAAUUAAGGUAAAGUUGCUCAUAUCUCAUCUUGUCAGGUAUGAAUGAGCUCAGUAUGGGCCUUAAAAAAUCCAUAAGCACAACAAUUUGUCUUAAAAUUAUUUAAUUUAGAGUUUUAUUUAAUAAUGUUAAUAUUAUUUAAUAAUAAUUAUGUAUUAAAUAAUACUAUUCAAUAAAGUAGAUUAAUGCAUUUUAAUCAAACAAUAUUAACAUUUAAAAUGAUUAAUAUUAAUUAAAAUUAUUAAUUAAUAUUUUAUUAAAUAAUGUGUUAAAAAAAUUAAAUGUACACUUUUUAGAAUAUAUAUAUAUAUAUAUAUAUAUAUAUAUAUAAAUUUUAUUUUUUUAUUUAAUUCUUUUAUUAAAUAAAACGGAUCAUAUUAACUUUUUACCUAACGCACAGGAUUGACUGUACACACGUGGUUUCUUAUUUAAGAAAAAAACAAAUAAAUAAUAUUAUAUAUUAUAUUUGAGUAUGUAUUGAGGUACUGCAUAAAACUGAAAAGAAAAUCCUCAAAAAAUGAAUUAUCAAGCCUGAUCUGAUCAGAUGUUUAAGAACAGAGUAGAACCAAAUUCCAAACAAAUUUCAUAUUUAUUUUCUAAAAACAGAAAUAAAGUUGCAUCUAAAUAGCCCAGGGAAACAUUAUCAGAUUGGAUUGCUUUAAUUAGAUUAAUUAGAGUAAAUGAGAAGUAGUGAGUGUUAAACCGUAGUAUUAUGUUGCUUUCACAGUUCAACUGAAGUGUACAACAUGCUGAUUUGUUCAAAUGAGUAUUUAUAUAGUUGUUUUGAUGUUCCAUGUCGCAGAACGUAAAGUAAUGGCUGUUCUAAUGCACUCAGUGCUUCUAAUUAAAUAGAGUUCAUUAGGAAAUGAAACUCUAACUGCAUUAAAAUUUAAUCAGGUUGGUUCGCCAUAAACAGAAUUGGAUUUAAAAAGCAAAACACAGCUGAUGGCAGCACUGAGAUAUGACAUCAAAUUUAGCAUGUCUUGAUCCAUUUAAAAGAACACAGUGCAGGUCAUUUGCACGUUAAUGUACUUUGCAGUUAUUGCAUUUAUUACAGAAUCACUGCGCAGAUGAGUACAUCCAUAAUCUAUGAUGUAUUACAGGAUUUUUAAUAAACGCUGCACAAAAACAUCAUCACCAAUGACAAGAACAUCUAAUGAAGGAAAUAAGCAAGACCUCAAAAAUUGCACCAAUACACUGAAGAAAUGUCUAAGCACAUAGAUGCCUGUAUCAUGAUACAGUCUUCAGAUUCAUGUAGGAACUUGUGAGUACUAUGCAGUGAGUCUUUCUCUCAUACAUGUCUUUGCACGUUCUCCUGACUAUACGAUCUGUGAAGCAAUGCUAAACUAUGCUGGAUUGGACAUUAGAGACUACAGCCUAAAUGAAGGAUGUGCAUGCAAAUGAUAGUUCAACUAAUAUUAUUGCAUUUUAUUAUACUGCACAAACACACAAAGGAAUAGUUCACCCAAAGAUUACAUUUACUCACCCUCAGGCUAUUAAAGUUGUAGAGUUUGUUUCUUUAUCGGAAAUAGAUUUGGAAAAAUUAGCAUUAUUUCACUUACUCAUCAAUGAAUCAAAAAGUUCUAAAGCAAAAAGAUCUGUGUUUGUAAGAAAUAAAUAAAUCAAGACAUUUUUAACUUUAAAACAUUGCUUCUGGCUAAAAUCUGAGUUCUCCAUAUUGCUUUCUCAGGUGAAAAGGUUGUCUUGUCUGAAUUAGGAGAGAAAUAUGCACAGACCAAACAAUGUUUACAAGCGAAAACAGUUUAAAACAAAUGUGAUAGUGUUUUUUUUUUACUUUCCAAAACAUUAAUUGAGGGAUUGGAGUCAUGUGGAUUACUGUGAUGUUUUUAUCAGUUGUUUGGACUCUCAUUCUGACGGCACCCAUUCACUGCAGAGGAUCCGUUAAUAAGCAAGUGAUGUAAACUGAUGUAAAAAAAAAAAAAAAAAGAAAAGAAAACUUGCAUUAAAUAUAUACAGUGUGUGUGUAUAUAUAUAUAUAUAUAUAUAUAUAUAUAUAUAUAUAUAUAUAUAUAUAUUAAGAGGGUGAUAAGUAAAAUUUCUAUUUUUGGGUGAACGCACUAAUCACAGAUGUUUGGAUGUCAUUGAGCAGCACUGAGAGUGCUGGAUAUGAUGACACAUCAUCUUGAGAACAAUUAGUGUUGUUUAUGAGAUGUGUGGGCAAUGAUGAGGUCCUAAAUGGCAUGAGCUUUCCCCUGAUGAACAACACGGUAAAGUAAGACUGUAAGGGGACUUCCCCAUGGUGGGAGUUCUCUCAGCACUAACAGUCUUAACAAUACAUAACCAGAAAUAAAAUACAAGGGAAAAUGCACAGUUAGUCAUAAGAAUAUUUCAUAAACAAAACCAUGUGAUUAAUCAUAUGUACAGUGGAUAUAAAAAGUCUACACACCCCUGUUAAAAUGGCAGGUUUCUGUGAUGUAAAAAAAAAUGAGACCAAGAUAAAUAAUUUCAGAACUUUUUCCACCUUUAAUGUAAACUAUAACCUGUACAACUAAAUUAAAAAACAAACUGAAAUAUUUUAGGAAAAAUAAAAAACUCAAAUAAUGUGGCUGCAUAAGUGUGCACACCCUCUUAUAACUAAGGAUGUGGCUGUGUUCAGAAUUAAGCAAUCACAGUCAAACUCAUGUUAAAUAGGAGUCAGUACACACCUGCCAUCAUUUAAAGUGCCUCUGAUUAAACCCAAAUAAAGUUCAGCUGUUCUAGUAGGCUUUUCCUGACAUUUUCUUAGUCGCAUCUUGCAGCAAAAGCCAUGGUCCGCAGAGAGCUUCCAAAGCAUCAGAGGGAUCUCAUUGUUGAAAGGUCUCAGUCAGGAGAAGGGUACAAAAGAAUUUCCAAGGCAUUAGAUAUACCAUGGAACACAGUGAAGACAGUCAUUAUCAAGUGGAGAAAAUAUGGCGCAACAGUGAUAUUACCAAGCACUGGAUGUCCCUCCAAAAUUGCUGAAAAAUGAGAAGAAAACUGGGCAGGGAGGCUGCCAAGAGGCCUACAGCAACAUUAAAGGAGUUGCAGGAAUUUCUGGCUAUAGUACUGGCUGUGUAGUACAUGUGACAACAAUCUCCCAUAUUAUUCAUAUGUCUAGGCUAUGGGGUAGGGUGGCAAGAAAAACUUCCAAGCCUGGCUAAAUUAUAAAUCUCCCAAAAGCAUGUGGGAAAAUGUGUUAUGGUCUGAUGAAACCAAGGUUGAACUUUUUGGCCAUAAUUCUAAAAAGUAUGUUUGGCACAAAAACAACACUGCACAUCACCAAAGGAACACUAUACCCACAGUGAAGCAUGGUGGUGGCAGCAUGGUGGUGCUUAUUCUUCAGCUGGAACUGGGGCCUUCGUCAAGGUGGAGGGAAUUAUGAACCGUUCCAAAUACCAGUCAAUACUGGCACAAAACCUUCAGGCUUCUGCUAGAAAGCUGAAGAUAAAGAGGAACUUAAUCUUUCAGCACGACAACAACCCUAAGCAUACAUCCCAAUCAACAAAAGAAUGGCUUCACCAGAAGAAGAUUCAAGUUUUGGAAUGGCCCAGACCUGAAUCCAAUUGAAAAUCUGUGGGGUGAUCUGAAGAGGGCUGUGCACAGGUGAUGCCCUUGCAAUCUGACAGAUUUGGAGCAUUUUUGCAAAGAAGAGUGGGCAAAUAUUGCGAAGUCAAGAUGUGCCAUGCUGAUAGACUCAUACCCAAAAAGGCAGAGUGGUGUAAUCUAAUCAAAGGUGCUUCAACAACGUGUUAGUUUAAGGGUGUGCACACUUAUGCAACCACAUUAUUUUAUUUUUUUAUUUUUUACUCCACCUUUCCUAAAAGAUUUUGGUUUGUUUUUUAAUUUAGCUGUACAGGUUAUAGUUUACAUUAAAGGUGGAAAAAGUUCUGAAAUAAUUUAUCUUGGUCUCAUUUUUUUAUAUCACAGAAACCUGGCAUUUUAACAGGGUUGUGUAGACUUUUUAUAUCCACUGUAUAUGCCAUUUUAAACGACAUAUUUCAUGAAUAAAUCUUUAUUUUGCUAGUUCUUAAAACAUCUAAUUAGUACUUCAUAUAUUUAUAUACUUAUAUAAUAUACAUAUAUACUUCUAAGUUACUGACGGGUUACUAAAAGUUACUGUUCAUAUACUGAGGGGUUACAGUAACUUAAAACACACUGAAGUAACAAACCAAAAAUAUCAGCAUCUUGAAUCGCUAUUAAUCUCUCCUCUUUCUUUUUAAGACAUGGAGACGUUCAACUCCAAGGACAUGGCGCUCAAGGCCCAGAAAAAGAUCCUGAGCCAAAUGGCCAACAAGUCUGUGGUGCAAAUGUUCAUCGAUGAUACCAGCAGCGAGAUUCUAGACGAGCUUUACCGUGUGUCAAAAGAGUACACUGGGAACCGCUCAGAGGCCCAGAAAGUAGUGAAGGACCUCAUUAAGGUGGUGGUGAAGAUAGCUGUCCUUUUCAGACACAAUCGAUUCAAUGAGGAGGAGCUAAAGCUGGCCCAGAAUUUCCAGAAGAAAUUGCAUCAGGGAGCCAUGACAGCCAUCAGCUUUCACGAGGUAGAUUUCACAUUUGACAAAGCGGUUAUGUCAGAGAUCCUGAAAGAAAGUAGGGACAUGCUUCUGAAGCUUGUAAACACUCACCUCACACCAAAAUCCCACGGACGCAUCAACCACGUCUUCAACCAUUAUGCUGACCCUGAACUCCUCACCCAGCUUUACAACCCAUCCGGGCCUCUCAAACCCCACCUCACCAAAAUCUGCAACGGGCUUAACAAACUGCUGGAGGACGGGACGUUAUGAGGAUGGCGAAGCACUGAAAGACAUUUACAGGACUGGCAUGGAGGACAACCCGUUAUCUCAGACUGCAUACAAUGCAACCAAAGAGGCAGAAAGUGACUGACCGAAAGCAUCACACUUCAAUUCAACUUUUGAAAUAGUGUUGCUGGGCUGUUAAUGAAUAUUAGAUCAAUCAGUGGACUGAUACUGUUAACACAGCCACUGUUACUGCCUGAGCGAGCUCAGAUCAAAUAUAAAAGUAUCAUCUGAACAAUUUUUUAAAGCUCUGGGACUCCAGCUGCGUUGGAUAGGAGAUUUCUAAACUACUUAUUUUUUAAUAAUGAUGUUUAAACCACUGGGGUUCAGCUACUCUGCUGUAAAUUAGAGCACAUUGUAUUGUUCAAUACUGUUAACAUUUCUGAGCUGAUUAUUUACCUCCCAGGACAACAAAAUAACAAGAACCAGAAAAACACAAACACAUUUACGAAGGCAUUCUAUUUACACUGCCAUCUAGUGUUACCCUGUGGUUAUGGCUAUGAUACAAAUCUAAACUUGGCACUACACAGUCAACAACUAUAUUUUGACAUGAACAGCCCUGAGGGGGAUCUGCUGUUCUAAAAGGAAACAACCACUAAAUAAAUAAUUCCUUACAGCCCUUAUGUAAUUUGCUUAGAGUGUUGCAACACACUAAUGUUCAAAGUUUGGGAUCAGUAAGAUUUGUUUUUAAUACUUUCAGUAAGGGCAUGUUAAAUUGAUCAGUGACCAAAAAAUAUUUAUAAUGUUUCAAAAGAUUUAUAUUUCAAAUAAAUGCUGUUCUGUUAA